GUCUCCGCUGCAUCAACUGGCGCCGAGUAGGGGAACAUGUUCUCCGCUGCAACAGGCCACCCAGUCCGUCUCCUUUCGAGAGCGCAUGUCCUAACCAGACAGCACCGUACCGGCGUUGCUCGUUGUCAGCACCCAUCUCCUCUUGUGCUGGGUUCCAGACAGCCUUCGCGCUCUGUACAAAGACGGACCCAAUCUUCGCUUCCCCUCACAGCCGAUACGCAGCGUCGAGCUUACAGAAACAUAUGGGAACUUCAGCAACACCUGACCCCACUUGACACCCUCUCACGCACCGUUCAAUGCGCAAGCCUCCCCAAGUUUGCCACUGAUGAUGAUUUACUAGAGCUCUUUGCAGAAUCGGGGUUUGAUGUGUGCAACAAACAAUCAUGGUCUUCGAGGCUCAAACGGCUCACAAUAUUGGCAAGGCUUGGUUUGUCUUAGCAAGUGACGAUGCAGCCAAAGCCGCUAUUCGCGAUCUCCAUGGAGCACCCUUAUUUGACCGUAGGAUACGUGUUUCGCCCUAUGAAAAAGCUUCAGACUCGAAAGCGAAGUUUAACAACUUUUAUUGGGGUUGGACAGCAUCGAAAGACCCACGCCUGGCAAAUGCGAAGAUACGGGGUCCGCAUUUACGACCUCCCAAAGACAUUUUCCGGUCAAUUCGCCAGGGGCGACGAGUCGCAAUAGACAUGCCCAGAAGCGUCAAUCACCACCCGGGCGAACUGUACGCAUUAUUCCACAACUACAACAUAGACAGUAUGGGGGACUUCAUUGAGUACCGACGGAAAAGCGACUCUGGUCUAAGGUCGACCAUUAUGCUCGAUUUCACUACUCGGGAAGAGGCUGAUAAAUCUGUACAUGUGUUCGACGAACACAAAUUCAAAGGAAUGGUGCUGCAAGUACGUAAAUGGCAACUGCCACUGAAACAUCUUGGUGGUACGUCUUGGGAUGGUGGCCGGCCAGGAAUACAUUAUUCUGGACGCGAUCAGGGGAACGCUGCUGGCACCAAUUUCGAACACGUAAGUUUUCCCAUGUGGUGUCGACUGUCGUCCAUGCACUGUGUCAGUCGAGACUGUCAGUUACUUGAUGGCUGCUGACUCCCGCGUCCAUAGAUGCAAGAAGAACUGCUCGCAAAAGCUGUUUUGGGAAAGCAGGAUCGCAAACUUUGGGUGCCCUCGCAUACCUAUUAGUACAUCUUGAG